CGGCCCCCUGGCGGGAUGGCGGAGCAGGAGAGCUUGGAGUUUGGCAAAGCAGAUUUUGUCCUCCUGGACAAUGUGACCAUAGAAGACUUCAUGGCUAACCUGAAGCAUAGGUUUGAGCGUGGCAGAAUCUACACCUAUAUCGGGGAAGUUGUGGUGUCUGUAAACCCAUAUAAAGCCAUGGACCUGUACGGGAAGGAGAUGAUCGAGAAUUACCGGGGGAGAGAGCUGUACGAGAGGCCGCCCCACCUGUACGCCAUCGCAGACGCAGCGUACAAGGCCAUGAAGCGCAGGGCGAAGGACACCUGCAUCGUUAUAUCAGGUGAGAGCGGUGCAGGGAAGACAGAGGCCAGUAAAUAUAUCAUGCAAUACAUCGCAGCUAUUACUAACCCCACUCAGAGAGAAGAGGUGGAAAGGGUGAAGAAUGUGCUGCUGAAGUCUAACUGCGUCCUGGAGGCCUUUGGAAAUGCAAAAACAAACCGUAAUGACAACUCCAGUAGAUUCGGCAAGUACAUGGAUAUAAACUUUGACUUCAAGGGGGAUCCGACCGGAGGACACAUCAACAACUACCUCCUGGAGAAGUCCCGUGUGCUGAAGCAGCAGCCGGGGGAGAGGAACUUUCACUCCUUCUACCAGCUCCUGCUGGGGGGUCCGGAGGUUCUGCUGAGGUCGCUGUAUCUGCAGAGAGACCCCGGGCUAUACGUCUUCACCAGUGGCGACAGUAACAAUUGUGCUAUCAAUGAUAAAUCCACCUAUAACAUGGUGCUGGACUCCAUGAAAGUGAUCGGGUUCAGUCAGCUGGAGGUGGAUUCAGUCUACAAGGUCCUGGCAGCGAUUUUACACCUGGGUAACGUGUGUUUCGCAAUGGACGGGGACGCUGUGGUGCUAGAGAACGAGGAGCUGGUUAGCUACAUUGCUGAUCUCAUACAGUGCGACGCUGACGCUGUGAGGAAGACUCUCCUAUACCGCACCGUCGCAGCCGGAGGGGGGGAGAUCAUCGAGAAGGGCCACAACAUCAAAGAGGCUGCGUACGGCAAAGACGCCUGCGCUAAGGCUUUCUACGAGAGGCUGUUCUGCUGGAUCGUCACUCGCAUCAAUAGCGUCAUUGAGGUGAAGAACUACGACGCGCGGAUUCAUGGCAAGAACACCGUGAUUGGGGUUCUGGAUAUAUACGGAUUUGAGAUCUUUGAUAAUAACAGCUUUGAGCAGUUCUGCAUCAAUUACUGUAAUGAGAAACUGCAGCAACUGUUCAUCGAGCUGAUCCUGCGCCAGGAGCAGAACGAAUACCAGCGGGAGGGAAUCGAGUGGCAGCACAUUGAAUACUUCAAUAAUCAGAUCAUUGUGGAUCUGGUGGAGCAGCCGCAUAAAGGGAUCAUCUCCAUCUUGGAUGAGGCGUGUCUGACAGUCGGAGAUGUCACCGAUACAUUAUUCUUGGAUUCCAUGAACAGUAAACUUGUCCGACACCCCCAUUACACCAGCCGGAAGCUGACGCCAACAGACAAAUCCAUGGCGUUUGGCCGGGACUUCCGGAUCAAGCACUACGCAGGCGUGGUGACGUAUUCGGUGGAAGGUUUUCUGGACAAAAACAAGGACACGUUAUUCCAGGACUUCAAGCGUUUAAUGUAUAACAGUAAAGACCCCGUUCUCAGGAAGAUGUGGCCGGACGGACAGAUGAGCAUUUGUGAGGUGACCAAGAGACCCCUCACUGCCGCCACUCUCUUCAAAAACUCCAUCGUUUUAUUAGUGGAGAACUUGGCCUGUAAGGAGCCUUAUUACGUUCGCUGUGUGAAGCCCAAUGACCAGAAGUCUCCUAUACUGUUUGAUGACCGGAGGUGUCUCCACCAGGUAGAAUAUUUGGGUCUCCUGGAGAAUGUGCGCGUCAGGAGAGCUGGAUUUGCGUACAGACAGUCCUAUGACAGAUUCCUCCUCAGAUACAAGAUGACCUGUGAAUACACCUGGCCCAAUCACCUCAUGGACACAGACAUGGAGGCCACCAAAGCUCUGAUUGACCAGCAUGAAUUCCAGGAUGAUGUGGCUUACGGGUACACAAAAGUUUUCAUCCGAACACCACAGACGCUCUUCAGCUUGGAACAAGAGCGGGCGCAGCUGAUCCCUAUCAUUGUGCUCCUGAUCCAGAAGGUUUGGCGUGGCACGCUGGCUCGCUGGCGGUUCAAGCGUCUGAAGGCCAUUUAUACAAUCAUGAGCUAUUACAAAUGCUAUAAGGUCAGAUCCCAUUUGAUGGAAGUCGUGAGACGCUUUGAGAAUGUCCGGGAAAUGGAGGAUUAUGGGAAGAGCGUGCAGUGGCCGGACCCGCCCGCCGUCCUUGAGGUGUUCCAGGAAAUCUGCCGGAACUUAUUCAGAAGAUGGCGAGCCAGGAAGAUAGUGAAGAAUAUUCCGCCCUCCGACAUGUUGCAGAUCAAGUCCAAGGUUUGCGCAAUGGAGGCGCUGCAGGGCUUGCGGAAAGAUGUUGGCUACCAGCGGGCAUGGAAGCAGAACUACCUGGCCUGCGGGACGGAGAAUCCCACCGGAGCAGCCGAUUUCUACAACAUGCUUCAGGCUCUGAGGAAGAAAGAUGGCCACAGCGUGGUCUUAUUCUCGUGUCAUAUCCGAAAGAUUAAUCGCUUUAACAAGUGUAAGGACAGAGGGCUGCUAAUUACAGACCAUUAUGUCUACAAGCUGGAACCUAAGAAGGAAUACAGGGUCAUCAAAUCGCUGCCGCUCAACAUGGUGACCGGACUGAGUCUCUCCGGAGGCUGGGACCAGCUGGUGGUGAUCCACACCCACAAACAGGACGACAUGGUCUUCUGUCUGCACAGGAUGGAGCCGGCCAACCAGAGUCGUGUUGGGGAGCUGGUGGGGAACCUAAUGAAUCACUUCAAAUCGGAACAUAAGGAGCUCUCGGUGAAGGUGACAGACUGCAUCCAGAUGAAGGUCCGCGGCAGACGGCGGCUGGUAUCUGUGGAGACGCGGAGCGACGCGGCAAAGCCAGACUUCCGCAAGGGCCGGAACGGCAUUGUGCUUCACUGGCCCGGACAUUGAGCUCCACACCGGGGUCACUAUUGUUAGUUAUGUUACAAGCUCACACUAUGUUAUAGAUAUGGUAUCCAAAGAAUGUCCGACUGUUCCUACAGGAAGCACAAACCCUCACGCAUCAUGUUCCGGAGUCUGGCGCAGCUGUGUGUAUGGCCGCAAAAUGCACAUGGUGCAGAAGAGAGUUUGCGCAUGUUUGGGUAUCUCAGGGUGAUUCUGAUUGGACGGAUGUUGGCUGGCUCUCUCCUUGCAUGAAAUGGGUGUCUCUGGGCAGGUUCUGGGCGGUAAUGUGGUCACACACAAGAGAUCCGUUUAGUGGGCAUGUAGCUAUACUUCCGCGGUGCAUACGGGGGAGGGGCGUGCGCCUAUGAUGGAUCUCUUGCACCCAGCGUGGGUCUUCUGCAAAUGCGACGCUAGUAAUGACAGUUGCGGCUGCGACCAGAUAACCAGUGGGCGGAGCAGCUUCCCGCUUGUAGCCGCACGGACCCUCGAAUUAACCCUCAGAUAAUCACAUUACCAUAAGGUGAUAACGUUUGCUUCCGCCAUUGCCCGCAAUUACAGCUACUUUGAAUGUGACUGAGAGUCAGGCCCCAUACGCACGUGUAAAGAGUGGAUAAUGCUGACAUACACAUGUAUGUGCAACUACAUAAAGGGUAGCACUCACAAAAACAAAUAAAUGUUCAAAUAACCAGAUAGAAAAGCCCGCUCUCCUAGUGUAGCUCAGUAGAAGCUGUUGUCCUCUGCUAUCACCCGCCUUGUGUCCUCAUAAGAGGGAAUGUAUACACAGAGCUGUGGUUCAUGGUUUUCUUCUAAUGCUGCACUGAUACAGGUUACAUGGAGCAGAGUGCAGGCCAUUGUUCUCUGUUAUCAGCCACUCUGGGUGCGUACACAAGGUGAGAUGUACAGUAUCCUUGCGAUUUUAACUAUAUAGUCAAAGACGCAAGAGAAGUUAGCACAUAUCGCACCGCAUGUACACAGUCCGCGAGGUCGGUAUCGCAAGAAAAAAUAGACUGUGCAGGCAAGGCAAUUUUGGGGGCCAUUCAGAUCUAUCGCUGCUGUGCGUUCAGGUCCAAAUUGCGCGUGCGUAAGCACCGCAAUGCGCAGGCGCAUCGGACAGCUACUAUGGGCAUCACCGGUCAGUGACAGGAUGGUGCGAAAGAUCCAUUCGCACGGGUGUAUACAAGGUGACUGACAGGAAGAAGUCGUUUGUGGGCGGCAACUGACCGUUUUCUGGGAGUGUUCGGUAAAACGCAGGCGUGUCCAAGCGUUUUCAGGGAGGGUGUCUGACGGCAGCUCCGGCCCCGAUCAGCAGGAUUCUAUCGCACUAGAAUAGUAAGUCCUGGGCUGCGCACACACUGCACACACUGAUUUUUAGCAGGUCUGCUAUCACAUAGGAUCACACACCUGCACAGCCAAAAUACCCUCCGUCUGUAGGCUGCGACUAUCUGAUCACAGGGCAGCAAAAAAUGCAGCCCAGCCAUCAGAUCUGAAUAAAGCCCUUUGACUAUCUAGUACAAAGUAUCGUCAAAAACGUCCAUAGCCAAAAUCGCAAGCACGCAUAGCGAAUAUCACAUAGUCAAAAUCAAACAUACGUCAAUACCUCACUGAGUGUAUGCUCCUUUACAUAUACUGUGGUGAUACGCUGGACCUUACACAUACUGUGGUGAUACGCUGGACCUUACACAUACUGUG